AUGCUUGCUUUUUUGAUGGGCAUCGUUGUUUACAGUAUGCGCAAUGAUUUAAGUUUUGCUAUUGUUUGCAUGGUAAACACAACUGCAAUGUUAUCCAAUGAUAGCACCACGCAUAAUGUUUGUACAAAAGUGUCAGCUCAACUCAUAAAUGACAAUGAUGAUAGAUUGUUGUGGUCAAAAGCAAUGCAAGGUUCAGUACUAAGUUCAUUUUAUUGGGGUUAUUUACUUACUCAAAUAAUUGGUGGAUAUUUGUCUCUUCGAUAUGGUCCGAAAUCAGUCAUUGGUAUAGCAGUUACAGUUACCGCCUUAUUAACUUUAAUAUCACCGAUUUCAGCAACUACAAACUUUUACUGCUUUCUGAUAAUUCGAGCUAUUAUUGGAUUGUUCCAUGGCUUAAUAUAUCCAGCAAUGCAUACUCUAUUGGCUCGUUGGACACCUCCAGAUGAAGCAAGUUUCAUUUGCGGCUUGGCAUAUUCUGGUAAGCAGCAGUUAAUAAUCUGCAAAAAAUUACAAGCGGCAAUCAAGUUGGCAAUGUUAUUAUCAUGCCUUUAUCCGCCUUAUUAUGCAAAUAUGGUUUUGCGGCUGGCUGGCCAUCCCUAUUCUACGUUGUUGGCUGUGGAUAUACCAUGGCGUCAAAUUUUGACGUCUUCGGCAGUAUGGGCUACAUUGGCUGGCCAUUGGGCAAGUGAUUUCGGUGCAUACAUAAUGAUGACUAGUUUACCUACGUUCCUAUCUGAUGUUCGUGGGAUGGAUAUUACAUCUAUGGGUGCAGUAGCUGCUUUACCAUAUGUCUUAUAUUGCAUUUGCAUAACUGCUAGUGGAGCGGUAGCGGAUUUAAUAUGUAGUUCUGGCUGGUUAUCAGUAACAAAUACACGUCGAAUAGCAAUUAUCAUAGCAUUUUGCAGUCAGGUUGGUUUUCUGAUAGCAACUGGUUAUCUGGAAUGUGAUGAUAUCUUACACACAAUUAUAUAUUUAACAUUAGGUAUUGGUCUUUCUGGUAUGGCAUAUACAGGAUAUUUAGUAAAUUAUCUUGAUAUUGCUCCGAUAUUUGCUGGACAACUGCUUGGCAUUGGAAAUACUUUGUCUUGUAUUGCUGGAAUUUUAGCACCCCUAUUAGUCGGAUUGAUUACAUCAAAGGGUACGGUUUCUGAAUGGCGUACUGUAUUCUUUAUAACAAGUGCAGUUUUGGCCGUUGGUGGAAUUAUCUUCUGUUGCUUUGUUAAUGGAGAAGUUCAACCUUGGGCUUUGCCACGUACGAAAACAAAAUCACUGAGAUCAACUGAGGAUGCCAGAAUAUUGAACAAACGCGUCAAAAACCAAAAUAUUAAAGCAUUUAGAUGUUGUAGAGAUGAAGAAUUUAAGUAA